AUGAACACCACCCCCAGAGGACAACGCCAUGUCGCUCCCCAAAUAGCAACCAACAGCCCAUUUGCUCGAAGCAAUGCCACCUCGACCCCGACUGGACCUCGCUCGCCAAUCAAGCUCAGCAGCCGUGACCGUCAAGAGCUGGGUCUGAGUCUGAAACGCGUCAUUGGCACCACCUGCCAGUCUGUCUUCUGCUUCGAUCAUCUGCCCGAAACAAGAAGUUUUGCCUAUACCGCAGGCGCCGCUGCGGUUGUUGCCUCUGUACACCCCGAUGGAAACAUAUCACAACGCUUCUUCAGAGCCAACCCGGCAUAUGCUCUGCAGAGGCCCAAUUUCACACAGGCCAUUGCUGCCUCCCCCGCCGAUCCUAGGCUUCGCUCUCCUCUACCACCAACCGACCGCAGCGAGUGGAACGAUUCUUCUACAGGACACAAGAGUAGUGCUGUACGCGAACGUGUCAAGGCCGCCACCGCAGUAAGCUUCAGCCCGAACGGUCGCUUCCUUGCUGUGGGCGAGACUGGUUACAAGCCGCGUGUUCUGGUCUUCUCGCUUGCCGACAAGUCGUUCGCCGAUUCGCCUGUAUCCUCUAUAUGCGAACAUACUUUUGGCGUCCAAUCUGUAAGCUUUGGCCCAGACUCGAGGUAUCUAGCUUCCCUUGGGACUGUAAACGAUGGCUUCCUGUACAUCUGGAGUAUCGAUGAAAGAGGAGGCACACCCACUCUGGUUGCCAGCAACAAAUGUACCACCAAUGUGCGCCACAUGGCCUGGAUGGGUUGUAGUUUGGUGACAGUGGGACUGAGAUUUAUCAAGGUCUGGAGACCAAACGACCUUCCAGCAAGCGUCAACGAGAACUCGGAACGAGGCUACGGCCUCUACAAUCGACAGCACAAGCCGUUGGCCGGCCGAAAUACUCUGUUAGGUGAUCUGCUCGAUGCAACAUUUACAUGUGUGGCCUCCUUCUCCGAGACAAAGGCCAUCAUCUGCACUGAUGGUGGGGAUGUCUGUAUCCUCGACGAUGAAGACAAAGCCCAACGACUAAUCAGGGUCGCAAACGUAGACUUCAGUAUUACUGCUGCGUGCCUCGGCCCUGAUAACAAAAUCAUCAUUACAGGCCUGGAUGGUAGUAUUGAAGUGCUUGAUCUCGACCAGCUCAGCAGAACCUUGAUCUCACCAAAUACGCCACCAGGGCGUAAAGCAUCCGCAAAGCCCUCAAACUCUGGCUAUGUUGCUGUUGGGUCGGUUGGAAAUGCCAUAGUGACCGUGGACAAUAGCCAUGGCAUCCAGCUACGACAUGUCUCUCCAAAAUCUCGUGAUGAUGAUCCAAACCAUGAGGUGAUGCGGAAACUCCCAGCACACUCAGAUGCAGUCCUUGGAGUCCGUGCUGUCACAGCACCGAACGAACAAGACAUUGCCUUCAUAACCUGGUCUGCAAAUGGCACAAUCAUCUUCUGGUCGUCUGAAUGCGAGGCAAAAGCGAGAAUUUGUGUAUCGAUGGACCAAUACGUCGAUAUGUAUAAUGUUGUAAACGAGCUCAAGACAGUUGUGGCAUUCUCGGAUGUCUCUCACGCAAUAUCUGGAGACAAAUAUGGCGUUCUGAGAAUCUCAAAUGUCGAUACCGGAGAAGACGUCUCGCGAGUGAGAGCUCACGCAGGAGAAAUCACUGAUAUUGCUAUCCAUGAGAAUGCAACAUACACCCUGAUCGCAUCAAGUAGUCGAGAUCGAACUAUCCAACUCUUGACAUGGAGCUCAGGCCGUCUGGACCUCCUACAAACGCUGGACGAACACGCAGUGGUUCGAGAGGCUGCGAGACAAGGAUCCGGCCCUCCACUUUUCAUCAUUACCAGGACGAUCACACUCAAGAGUUCACCAACCUGUCUGAGGAUGUCCCUGUUUGAUGACAUUCUUCUAGUCUCUGCAACCGAUCGAACCAUCCAGCUCGUCAGCACGCGGACUGGUCGUGUCAUCUCUUGCUUCAAGGCUGGCGAUACCGACGGGGGAGACGCCGUGAUCAUGUCCGGUCUGGUACAUCUACCCUCCACUGCAGGAUCGCCAAUAAUCGCAGGUGUAGCUGGCAGUGAUAAAUCUGUGCGCAUGUAUUCAGAGGAUGGCACCCUGCUCGCACGAGACUGGGGCCACACCGAAGGCGUCACGGACAUCGCAGUGCUGAAAUCGCAUGCAGCGCCUGACGACCUAGCAGCGAUGAAACUCGUGAGUGUUGCUGUAGAUGGUACGAUAUUCAUUUGGGCGACAGUGCCUGAAAGACCUCGAUCAAGAGACUCCUCAGAUACAGCUCCGUCGUUCGCAAGCAUUGCUCCAGGCAUUGUCUCUGCAGAACAGCCGCUACGAAAAGUCAUCUCUCACAGCGAGCUUGCCAGAUUCCAACGAGCCAGGUCAAACGAAACAGAAAACCCAGACGUGACAGCUGCAACAACAAACACAGGGCUGAAGAAGAAACCUAGCAGAUUGAGCAUCCGCCCACCGCCACCAGCGCAAAGGUUAGAACCUUCGCCGCUGGGGACCUUGCGUAAUGGUCUGACAGUCAGGAAUAGACAACGAAGUCCAAGUCCUACACCACCCAGUCCGAGCCCUAGAUUACCGCCUAGUCCGCGGACGCAUCCGAGGAGUGCACCGGGACGCCAUAGACUUUCUGUAGGCGCUGUACCGCCUAUGCUUGCCAACACAUCCACAGAGAAGGGAAACAAAGACAGCAAGGCAGAGGCCAGCACAACGGGUUUUGGAAGCAUCGCAGCAUCGACAGAUCAGCUAUCACGCAUGUUGCGAGCGUACAGGCAGAAACUCGAUGGGAGCUGCACUGGUUUGACUGAUGAAAGACUUAGGGAGCUGGAAAAAGAGCUAGAGGCCACAGUCCAGAUGGUGCAACAGAAAUUGGCGCGCCACAAAGAUGCAAAAGGAUCUCAGGAUGCGAGUAGCGCUGCAGAUGACAGUGGGACGUCGAGGACGGCAUCGUCUUCACAAGACGCUUCAUUUAUAUCUGCACAGACACAAUUAAACGAAGAGACCGUCGGUGGUGCUGAGGCCACUGCGUCUUGA